AUGUCUUUCAACCUUGUAGCAAUAGUUUCUAUGUUUGUAACAUUAGUAGUAGUAGUAGCAAGUGAAGAUAGCAAUGUCAGUUUCAUCUAUAAUGGAUUCAAAUCAUCAAAUUUGUAUCUUGAUGGUGUUGCUGAAUUAACCUCCAAUGGAUUACUUAGAUUAACCAAUGAUACCAAACAAGAAAAGGGUCAUGCUUUCUAUCCAAAUCCUAUAGUUUUCAACAAUGGAAGUGGUAGUGUGUUUUCUUUCUCAACUACUUUUGUUUUUGCUAUAAGAUCAGAGUUUAAAACUCUUAGUGGUCAUGGAAUUGUUUUUGUUGUUUCUCCAACAAAAGGGUUACCGAAUUCGCUACCAAGUCAGUACCUUGGCUUGUUCAAUGAAACAAACAAGGGAAACAACAAUAGCCAUGUUUUUGGUUUAGAGCUUGAUACAAUUUUGAAUACUGAGUUUGAUGAUAUCAAUGACAACCAUGUUGGAAUUGAUAUCAAUGGAUUGAGAUCAGAAAAAUCAGCUUCGGCGGGAUUUUAUGAGAUAGGUGGUAAUGAGUUCAAGAAUUUGAGCCUUUUUAGUGGCUUAACAAUGCAAGUUUGGUUGGAAUAUGAUGGUGGAAAGAAGAAGAUUGAUGUUACUUUAGCUCCAACUAAUGUUGUUAAACCAGAAAAACCUUUGUUGUCAUUGAACAAAGAUCUUUCUUCUGUUAUUAACAAUAGUACUAUGUAUGUUGGAUUCUCAUCUUCAACAGGUUCAAUUCUAACUUCUCAUUAUGUUCUUGGUUGGAGUUUUAAGGUUAAUGGUCAAGCUCAAAGCCUUGUGAUUUCUGAACUUCCAAAGCUACCAUCUUUAGAAGGAAAAAAAGAUUCUAAGUUAGUUUUCUCAAUUGGGUUGCCUUUGAUUUCACUAUGUUUGAUUCUAAUGGUAGCUAUAGCAAUGUUUCAUUUCAUCAAAAGGAAGAAAAUGUUCUCUGAGCUUCAUGAAGAUUGGGAGAAAGACUAUGGAACUCAAAGAUUCAAGUACAAAGAUCUAUACUUUGCAACAAAGGGUUUCAAGGAGAAGGAGCUAUUAGGAACAGGUGGAUUUGGUAGAGUCUACAAAGGUGUGAUGCCAAUUUCAAAGCUUGAGGUAGCUGUGAAGAGAGUUUCUCAUGAAUCAAGACAAGGGAUGAAGGAAUUCGUGGCGGAGAUUGUUAGUAUCGGUCGUCUUCGUCAUAGAAAUCUCGUUCCGCUUCUCGGCUAUUGCAGGCGAAAAGGCGAGUUACUUCUUGUCUAUGAUUACAUGCAAAAUGGAAGCUUAGACAAAUACUUACACAACAGAAAACAAAGAUUUACCUUAAAUUGGAGUCAAAGGUUUAGAAUCAUCAAAGGUGUUGCUUCCGGUUUGUUUUAUUUACAUGAAGAAUGGGAACAAGUUGUUGUUCAUAGAGAUAUUAAAGCUAGUAAUGUUUUAUUAGAUGGUGAAUUGAAUGGAAGAUUAGGUGAUUUUGGUCUUUCAAGACUAUAUGAUCAUGGAACUGAUCCUCAAACAACACAUGUUGUUGGAACACUUGGCUAUUUAGCACCUGAGCAUACAAGAACAGGUAAAGCUACUACAAGUUCUGAUGUGUAUUCUUUUGGUGCUUUCUUGCUUGAGGUUGUUUGUGGUAAAAGGCCUAUUGAACAAAUAAGAGAAUGUGAGAGUUUGAUUUUGGUUGAUUAUGUUUAUGAUUGUUGGAAAAGAGGUGAGAUUGUUGAGGCUAGAGAUGUAAAUUUAGGGGUGGAUUAUGUGGUUGAAGAAGUUGAAUUGGUUUUGAAACUUGGUUUGUUGUGUUCACAUUGUGAGGCAUUGGCUAGGCCAAGUAUGAGACAAGUUUUGAGGUAUUUGGAGAGGGAUUUGGCACUUCCUGAUUUGUCUUUUCUUAGUUUGUCUUCAAUGGGAGUGACUUCUGGACAAUGUGAAAAUUUUCAAGAUUUUGGUAUGUCUUAUGCUUCUUCUUCUAUGGAUAGACCUUUCUCUCAUACUUCUUCAAUUGCUGAAUCACUUCUUUCUGGUGGUCGUUAG